UGCCGCAGCUCCGGCGCCUGGUCAGCUUCGUAAUCCUAGAUUCGACCUUGUAGUAAUACCCUCAGUAUGCCUCUUCUGAGUUGACGCAUUUACGCCUCUGCCGACACCUACAGCCGAAUCUUCUAGCGAAGCUCCAGUGUUGCGAGGCUCAACUGGUCAACUUGCUCAAGCGGCUCGACACUCCCACGCGGACCCCCGAAAUGUCCUCCGCCGCACAGCCCGAAGCCAACGGGCUCCCAGUGGGCGAGCAUGAGCUCUCCGACAUGGCAGACAAGAAGCCCACUUUACCGAUCGAGGAGGAUAUCAUGCAGUUGGCCCGGCUCGGCGAGAUUACAGCUAUACAGAAGCUGUUUGACAGCGGCACGUUUGAUGCGACAUACACGGAUGAGCAGGGCAUAACACCGCUACAUUGGGCAGCAAUCAACAACCAUUACGCCCUCUGCCACUUCCUCAUCCAAGCCGGCGCUCCCAUAAACGCAAAAGGUGGGGAUGCCGUUGCAACACCCGUCCUUUGGGCCGCAAAGCGCUGCAACUACUACGUCGUCAAUCUGCUCCUCGACCAUGGCGCCGAUCCUCUCCUCACCGACGACCAAGGCUUCAACCUCCUCCACUCUGCGACCCUCGACGGGAAUGUGUACCAACUUGUAUUGCUCCUACACCAAGAUAUACCCGUAGAUAUCCCAGAUUUGCAAUCACACACCCCGCUCAUGUGGGCAGCGUACAAGGGCUAUUCCUCUUGUGUGGAUCUGUUCCUCAGAUGGGGCGCGAAUGUAUAUGCGACGGAUGACCAGGGGUUUACGGCUCUACAUUGGGCACUCGUCAAGGGCUCUCAAGGCUCUAUACAGAAGCUGCUGGAAUAUGGCGUGGACCGGUUUGCGAAGAAUAAUGACGGCAAGACACCAGCGGUCACAGCGGAAGAGAUGAGUACAACACGACAAUGGCAUCGCGCGCUGUCGGAAGCCGGAUUCGAUAAGGAUGGGAAUGCGAAGCAGUUUCCAAUCCCGGGAGUAAAGGACACGAGAUGGUUUCUCAGUCGUUUCGCAUUCUUCUGGCCGUUUGCGAUGAUUUUCAUGGCCCUGUUCUUGAUCAGCUACUAUCCAGCGUUUUUGGGCAUACCGGCGGCGUUGAUUGUUUCGUAUAUUAUGCAGUGGGCGGCGCAAAAGCUGCUGGGGUGGGCUCCUUCAAAUAUGAGGAGUAUACAUCAUACCCCUUUCUUAGCCGGCAUCUUUGCCGCCACCUUGUUCUGGGUCGGUCUACGAUGGAUAACGACGGUCCUACCAUGGACCAUACGAACGAACUUUUUCCUCAACCUACUAUUCGCUAUAUUUUACGGACUUACGGGAUAUUUCUAUUUCUUCACCAUGUCCUCCGAUCCUGGCUACGUGCCCAAAUCAGCAAGCAGAAGCGCCUCAAAGGCGGUUAUCGACGAGCUUAUGGAGUUACGGCAGUUUGACGAACACCACUUUUGUGUGAAUUGCAUGGUAAGGAAGCCAUUAAGGAGUAAGCAUUGCAAGAGAUGUGAGCGAUGCGUUGCGAAGAGUGAUCAUCAUUGUCCAUGGGUGAAUAACUGUGUUGCAAAUAACAAUCAUCGGCAUUUCAUAUUAUACAUACUCUCUCUAGAGAUUGGUAUCCUGUUCUUUAUUCGCGUAGUGCUUGCUUAUUUGGAAAUCCGCGACACACCCAAGGAUGUACAAUGCGCUGUUCUCUCGCCCGACCUCUGCGCCAUCCUCAACAAGGACCCGUUCACAAUCGUCCUGUCCAUCUGGGCCGCCUUCCAACUAACAUGGGUGACCAUGCUGCUGGGCGUGCAGCUCCUACAAGUUGCGCGCAACCUCACUACUUACGAGAGCAUGCGCGGUCACUUGCACUCCCAUACACCCGCUGACGCACUGAACUCGUUCGUUACGACGGGCGAUAUAAGUCAAGAUGUAACUCCUGGUGGUAGUGCGCCAACGAAUGGCUUUGGGAGUGGCCAGGAUACUGGUGAUGCACCCGUACGAAGGGAGCCGAAGGCGAGUAUUUGGGACCAAUGGAAACGUCUAUUAGGACUUGAUACUUGUGUUGCUACUGCACUUCAAGGAUCCCGAGCAGGUCAACAGCAGAGCCAGAGACGGGGUAAUCCGUUCUCGAGAGGCAUGGUCACAAACUGCAAGGACUUCUUUUGCGAUGGGAACUCGCAUGAAGACGCGGGUAGAGUUCAUGGCCCAAUGGCCGAGUACGAUGCGCGUGUAGAGUCGGGACGGUUGAGAGACGAUGAACACCAAAGAGGUCUCAUCAAGAACCUCGAAGACCUCCAUAACAUGCUCUUGAACUACUCACCACCCACCGUCGUUCAACCCACAAUAGAAUCUCUACAGCCGCCCAAGAAGUCAUUCUUCUCUUUCCUCUCCUCCUCGACAACUGCGUCGUCUGCACUACCGCCAAUACCCGAAUCGCUACCCAAAGGCAUAUACAUGUACGGCGACGUCGGUUCUGGCAAGACCAUGAUGAUGGAUCUCUUCUUCGACACCCUCCCACCAAACAUCAAGCGCAAGACGCGAAUACAUUUCCACGCAUUCAUGCAGAGCGUGCAUAAAGACCUCCACAAGAUGAAAAUGCAGCACGGCAACGAUAUAGAUUCAAUUCCCUUCGUAGCAGCAGGCAUAGCAGAGCGAUCCUCGGUCCUUUGCUUCGACGAAUUCCAAUGUACAGAUGUAGCAGACGCCAUGAUCCUACGUAGACUUAUGGAGUCGCUCAUGGCGCACGGCACCGUCAUAGUCACUACGUCAAAUCGACACCCGGACGACUUGUAUAAGAACGGAAUCCAAAGGGACUCUUUCAUUCCUUGUAUAAACCUCCUGAAAACCCGCCUCAAAGUCCUAAACCUCGACUCCUCUACCGACUACCGCAAAAUCCCGCGCCCACCCUCCGGCGUGUACCAUCACCCGCUCGACAAAUCCGCACAAACCCACGCAGAGCACUGGUUUCGCUUCCUUGGCGACUUCGAGAACGACCCUCCACAUACAGCCGUACACCAGGUCUGGGGAAGGGAUAUUGAAGUGCCCAAGGCGAGCGGCAAGUGUGCUUGGUUUAGCUUUGAUCAAAUUAUUGGGAGAGCGACGGGGGCGGCGGAUUAUUUAGAAUUGACGAGGAGUUAUGAAGCGUUCGUCAUCACCGACGUUCCUGGUAUGAACUUCAAGAGCAGAGACUUGGCAAGAAGAUUCAUCACGUUUAUAGACGCGUUAUACGAGAGCAGGGCUAAACUAGUCAUGACCACCGCGGUCCCUCUGACAUCGCUCUUCCUCGACCAAUCCGAACUCAACGACGCAGUCACCGCCUCGCAGGAUAAGGGCCAGUUACCCACCUCUGCUAAAUCCUCUUCCACUGAUGACCACGGAGCUAUAUCUGACGUGAUGCGGAACCUCAUGGACGACCUCGGCAUGAACAUGGACAUGCUCAAGAACUCUAGUAUUUUCUCUGGUGACGAGGAGAGGUUUGCGUUUGCGCGUGCGCUGAGUCGUUUGGCUGAGAUGGGGAGCCAGGAGUGGGUGGAGCGCGGGCUGGGUAUGGAGACGAAGGGCGGGAAGAAGGAGAUGGAGGGCUGGCAGAGGGUUAGGAGUAGGUGGAGAGAGGAUAGCAUGUAGGGUUCGUGGAUUUAGCGAUUGCAUAACUGAUGAAAUGAGAGCGUCAAGGAAUAGAAAUGAUCACACACAGGAUAUGUAUCAUGCCAAAACACUAACAACACCAGAUGGAAUUACUAUCUUCUUUCGCUUCGACAGCAAACCGAUAGGCUUCGCCUAAUCGUUGUACUCGCGAAAGAGAUGCAGUCCGACUGAGUACACCUUUACGAUCAUGCAAGUUUACGCCAAUAGCCGCAGCUGCGAGCUCAGAUCCCCCAACAAUACAGAUCAGAGCCGGUACCUCGUACACUUAAACAUCACACACAUUGCAGCCAUAACGAGGGAGUAUGUGAAUG